UUGUGCGGACAUGUAAAUCAAAUUGUGACGUCAAAUGAAAGAGAGGGGAUAAAUAUGUCCCAUCUAAAGCAAGCUUCGAUCAGAUGUUAUAAAUAAAGUUUUUGGAUAGCCAAGAAAUGGAAAUAUUCUAGAAUUUUGCGCUCAAAAGCAGUGUUUGUAUGAGAGAAGUAAGAAGUUCGUGAUUAUUAGUGCCAGCUGUGUAGAUUUGUAAACAUACGAAGACAAAGAGAAAGUCCUGGAGUGAUUGUUCUUUGUUUUUGUCCUGCCUAUAAUCAUCGUCCAUUUUGUGAAAGCCAGCAAAAUUUGCGUCGUAUCGAUAGUUGCUGUUUUUAAACGCAAAAUUCUUUAACUUGGUCUGUGAUAAAAGCAGAUAGAGUGACUCGAGUGUGUUAUCUAUUGAUUUUUUAAUAAAGACAAAAGACUUUGCAGUAAAAAUUAUUUUGCUCAAUAUGGCAAUGGCUACGAAGCACUCAGAGGGUGGAAGAAUAGUCGGCAUUACUUCUCGUGCUCUCAGGUAUCCCUCCAAGACUAACCAACAACAGGGUGUUCUUCAGAAGGGCACCCCAAGGCGAGGGGAAUCUUCCAUUCAAAGACUGAAUGCUAGUACAAGGGGGCACUCACCAAACGGAUCAAGCCCUCGCACAUCACCAGGUCUAGUGGCAGGACACUACGCCGGCUGUAAGUUCUCCGAGCCUCCGCUCCCUUCCGCUUUACCACUGCCGCCCAAGCAUUGGAUGCAGACAGCCAGACCAUCGAGGUUGACCUUCUAUCCUACGAUUCCCGUCGCUUCAGACCACAAGGACGUGGCGCAGCAGCUCAAGAUGCUGCUGAAGGUCCAAGCCUGACCAGUCGAGCAAAAAUCAUUGACGUCAAACAGACGAUCGCUGUAUCUAUUGUUGCGAUAGACCACUACAGCCGAUCGAUGAACAGUCUGUUUCCGUUGGACAAGCAGAGAAAAAAAUUAUGAAAAUCCGUGAACAAGAAUCGAGAGAAUUUGUGAUUAAUUUUUAAGAUGUAAUUGGUUAGCGAGUGAACACGACAAUAUUGAAUUUACUUCUAAAAAGGACUUGGUAGUGGCUUUCUAUUAAGUUCUUUGGAUGCGUCCAAAAUUACAGUUGCGUAAUGUGUCGGUGCCAUUGUAAACGUACAAAAAAGGAAAGAACUGUUGUUACCGUAUCGAUUUUAUUAGUUUUAGAGUGAUUUUUUUCUUCUCAGAGAAAAUGGACUGUCUGGUAUAGCGUACAGCCUUUCUUUCACCCAAUACAACUCUCCUUUAUGCUAUUUGAUAGUUCAAAGAUCAGAAAUAUUAUUAAUUAUGAUAUUUAAGUAACUAAUACAUUUUGUGGUAAAGUCUAGUGUGUAGAAGAGUCCAGAUACAAAUGAGGUAACAUUUUGACUACGAGGUAAAACCAGCUGUAUAAAAUUUUAUAACUUCCAAAUCUUAAGAUUUUUUGGCUAUAACAUUGCUUGUGUUGUAAUUCCGAACACAGCCUGACUUAAAGUUAUUUUUACUUUGAUCACACUUUCAGUACUAGCUCUCUAAAACUACAAAUCCUUGAAAAAUAAAAACUUUAAUUGAUGUUUGUAGACCAAAGAUUGAUUGCGUGCCUAAUGGCUUAUCUAUUUAAUAUUUAGGACCAAACAUUGAUCUUAAUAAUUAUAUAUAGACAAUUUUGUAUAUUUUUAGACUUACUGCUGAUGUUUACUUCAAUUCUAUCUUAUUCGUACCUAAAAACUUUUCUAGACCUUAGACUUUGAUCAGUAAUUUUAUAGGUUCAUUGUAGACAGAUCUGUGUGUCAAAAAAAUCGAAAUAUCUUUCAAAUAGUUUUUGGUAAGGUAAAAAUUUAUACUAAAGUUCUAAAUUAUAGACCAGCAUACGUUUCUAAUUGACCAUAUACAACCAGUGGAAUCCAUAUAAUUAUAGGUAAGUUUUAUUACAUUCUGUAGUUUGGAUAUUUCACAUGUUUUUUUUAUUAGAUAUUUAUCACCAUUAUAUUCAUAUUUACAUUCUUGUUGUCUUACAGAUUCAAAAUCGCAUAUCUUUUAUAAUUUGAUUUUUUUAUUACUGUAACCUUUGCUCCCUCCUGUCUCCUUUUGUCAUAUUUAGCAAGCUUCGCAUCAUAUGGGAGAUAUAUGAUCAAUUUGAAGCUAAGAUACAUUGCUUCACGUUUCUCUUUGUGCUUUUUUUACUGGACUCACGCUUUUAGAUGUCACAAUGCAUAAUCUGUAUAUCACUUGUCAGCUGUCAUUUGUCAGUCGAAGAUUGACAGUUGACAGCUAACGAGGACUUUGCUGAUGUUUAGUUUUGUAGCAUUCCCAGUGAUAUAUAAAAUGUUUGAACUAAAGAUUAGCUUUUCAUAUUAUUUCCAGAUCUGUCUACAAUAAUUUUAACGUAAAAGAAAACCGUACUAUUUGAGUUACGAAGUAGAAUUCAUCACUUUUCUUUAUCAAACCAGUAUUUAUCCUCAAAAACUCUAUAUAUACGAUCAGAAAAGUGGUAAAUUUCUAUUGCAUGAUGACUUUUUUUCUUGUGAUCUAAUUUUAGUGAUGGUUGCUUAAAUUGAACACUCUUGUGCAAUUUCUCCCUUUUGUUAUGAUAUUUCUGUAGUGACGUAAUCGAAUGGAGACGCUCAAAGUACUUUAUUAGCUUGAGUAUGAAGUCGCUAUCAAAGAAGGACACUUUUUAUCUCUAAAAUUUUUUAUAUGAGAUGCAAAAUAUGAAAAAAAAUGCUCUCUAUAUAUGUUAUACAAUGUUUUUAAUCUAAUAGAAAAAGCCUUACUUGCUUUGGUGUUGUAAAAAAAUCUAAAAAAAAAUAUUUAAAAAAUGCUGGUAAGGUUUUUUUUGUGGAUUUAAAAUUUUUUGAUUUUGUUGUGAACAAAUAAUGUUAAGUAUAUCUAGAGUGUUGAAGAUUGCCAGAUAAUCUUAAGAAAUUGACAUAUUUUGAAAAUUUUUAUAUAUAUCUGGGAAUUAAGCACUUUUUAUUACUUAUUCGAGAUAUGAGUGAUGAUCUAAAAUCUAAAGAACUAUGGACUUGGUUGAACUAUGGUUUUAAGAAUCGAAUAUUUUACUACACAGACCGUAUUGUUUUACAGAAGUAUGUUGUAGAUAUAACACAGAUUAUUAUUGAAUUCAAAGAGUUGUAUUGGUGAUUCAAAAAUCGUGCACAAAAUGUCAAUUUCACAAGGAAUUCCGAAUAUGUCAAGUGUCCAAACUGUACAGUUUGGACUACACUUAGAAAAGAUCAGAAAAAUCAUUUUACCUCCGUAUGGCUUUAAAAGAAAGUAAAAAAGGUUCUUUUAAAGAAUCUGUUGGAGGAGUAUUGUCCAUGUACCUGUUAUUUUUUAAUUCCUAUCGAGUAUAAUUGAAUCAAUUAACAAUUUUAAGGACUUCGUUGUGACUGGAUGUUGUAAAGUCGGCACAAUGUACCAUUUGUGAUAUUCUUAAUAAUAUUUAAAGGAAUUCCUUGGCGUUGGCCAAUAAGAUUUGUACAAUUAUGUGCCCCACACUUGUCUAUUUCCUAUAAUUGAAAAGUAAGAGGCCCUGUAACGUGUUGGUUCUAAUAAAAAUAAAAAUUAAUGAUGAUGAUUGUCCUGUUCAGCCGCGCUGUGAUAAUAAAAAGUCUGCGUCCGAAAUGGCGCAGUCAAUAGCAUAUAGAACAUAGUUUUAACUUUCAACUUAGUCUCUUUCUCAAUGUGAUUUUGUACAACUGUUAAAAAAUUGUAAGAGUAUAAAUUUUAAGUUUUUUUGUAAUUUUUGAGCAGCUAAUGCUCUUUAGGAGGUGAGUGUGUGAUAAUACGGAAGGGAUAACGUAGCACCGUCCUUUUUAAACGACCUAUAUGCUAUACGCUAUUUUGUUUGCUUUUUUCCUUGAUUUUUUUGUUCAAUAGUUUUUGUUGGCUCCGUAAUCUAAUCGUUGUGGGUAAAUUUUUGAUUUUGGCAGUUAUUUUGCAACAUGUUUUGUUAGUUUUAAUUGUGUUUCAAUUGAUUUUUGUACAAAAGCAUUCAAUUUAUUUUGUCGAAAAUAUGUUGGUAACACUGUGUGUCAGUGUAAUUUUUAGUAUAUAUAGCUUUUUUUUUAAAUUAGGUUGUAGGAGUAAUUCAAAGAAAAUAUUCAAUGGUUUUAUUAGUUUUUCUUUUAAAAUUUGGUUUUUGUUUUACAAACUAACUGCACUAUUUAAAAAUUUGUCAUUAAAGAAAAAUUUCGUAUAGCUUGGCUAUAAUUUUUAUUUCUCGAUAGUUUCCUUGAUGUUCGACGCUGAUUUAAUCAUCAGCAGUACUGAUUUUUUAUUGAACAUCAUAGAAAUGCCAUGAGGAGAUUCUUUUCCAGUAAUUUCCAUAUGCAGGACAGUGUUAUGUUAUCAGUUUGAGAGUUUAUUGAAUUAUUAUUGAAAUCGUCAAUUAAAAGGCGAAUAUUUUUGUUAAGGCAGUACAAAUGUAUAUAUAAUCACGAUAGCAUCUAAGUUAGGGAUAAGUCAAAGAAAAGCUUUAAUGAGUCUUCGACCUGACGUCGGGCAUUUCCAAUCUUUUACAUUUUUCUAAAGGAGGUCGGAAAACGGCGCUCAGAUCCUGGAUUCUGAGAUUUAACUCAUCAUUCAAUAUUGUAUUAUUGACAUUUCUGAAGAAAAUCGUUGGUGGUUGUCGAAGAAAGAAUCACUUUUAAAAUUUUUCACUAAAGCACAAAUUUGCACCUUACAAGCUUCCAGUAUUGCUUAUUGUCAUCGAAAAAACCAGGUUUUGAGUCAAUAUUUUCAAGAAAAAUCGAAGUAACGGGAUAGCAACUUUUUUUUGUUAAAAAUGUAUUUAAAAAAUGAAAAUGUCCGGAAGUCUACUGAAUAUUAAAAUUUGGUAUUUUUGACAGUUAUGUUAAAUAUUACAUUUCAGCUGAAGAAUACUUUCAAACGCUUUAUAGAUAUCAACGAUUAAUGCCAAGAAUAAUAUUAAAAUGAGUAAAUACGAGAAUUUGGUGUCAGGUAAAUGCCACAAUUAGUGGUUUCAAUUAAACCAAGCCAAGGCUUGAAACGCAUAAGAAAUUCGAUGAGAAAAUCAAAUAUCAUCUUAUUCUGCCAGAAAAAUUGAAAUAGAGUAGUUCAAGAAUCAUUGAACUAUUUCAUUAUUGUCUAUAAACCUGGAUAUUGAGUAUCCAGAAAUGGACACAUUUGCCAAUGAUUUUGUUAAAAAUUUUUGCAAUGUUUUAAAAUUUUGUGUAAACUGCACAUUGUCAAAUCUUUAAUCAGAAGCAAAAAUAAAAUUGGAAAACAUUGAUGUAAAAAACGGACGGAGAUUCUUUCAAAACAAUUGGUAAGGUGUCGAAGUGAUAGAAAAAGACACACACUAUAGUAACAAAUACUUUUCAUAUAAAAGAUAUUAUUCUUCCGCAAAUUGUUGUUUUUUAUGAAGUCUUUUUUUUUUAUAAAACCUUGAUUGGAUUAAACUUUCAAAAACUCUAAAAUAUAAUAAUUUAAUACAAGGUAUAAUUUUGCUCUAAUGCUCGGAAAUCGUUAUAGAAAUAAUACAUAUCAAAUUAAAUAGAUGUUGGAGAUGUAACACUGUAUCGAAAGCAUUUUCUUAAUUAACAAAUCCUUGCUUUUGGUUAUCUUUAUCACGUUUGGAUUUGAUCUUGAAUCAAAACUGAUUCCAAGAUUAUAUUCGGUGUAAAAUGCCAAUAUUCAUUGAUGAGAAUGUUAAAGUCAUUCUGUAACAUUAUAAACGUCAUAUAUUUAUUUUUUUAACAAUUUCAAAUAACAUCGGCGCCCAACAUGGGGCUCAACGUGCCCAUGUUGAGCGCCAAUGUGUAACAAUAUUGGUUAUACAUACGGUAGUCCGGUCGCCAGGGGGGGUACAACGGCCUCCUGUAUUCAGAUGGACUUACCCAAGAUUUUUUUAUGUAUUUUGACCUGUAGAACACGAAUUUUUUGGGUAACAGUUGAUCCGGAUGUCGAUAAGAUUGUUAUAAACCAAGAAGUUGA